UUUUAAUCAAAAAAUUACUGCAAAGACCUCCGUACAGCAAAACUGAUUAGUGCUAUGGUUGAGGAAACAACACAAAGCACCCGGCCGCGCAUGAAGACAGCACGACCCAAGUCGGUAUGUCUAUGGUCGGUAACCGAUGUAAGGAAAUGGUAUAUGCGCCACUGUGGAGAGUAUCAACAAUAUCUCGAGCUCUUUUCAAAGCAUGAAAUUACCGGCCGGGCUCUGCUUCGCAUCAAUGAUUAUUCACUGCAAAGGAUGGGCAUCAGUGACAGCGCUGAUCGUGAGGCAAUUUUCCGUGAGAUAUUAAAACAACGACUCAAAACUGAUAUUAUGGAAAUACGUGAUAUGGAGCGUGAGAUCAAUACCUACUAUAAUACAAGAUAAACAAACAAGGCAUACAGGGUAUUAGGGAAAUCAUAGGUUAAUUAAGUGAAAAAUGCAGAGCUAUGCACAAUUUUAAGACGAAAACAUUUUGAUACAUCAUACAUACAUACGUACUUUAAAAGAAGCAGACUUUUCAGCAAAUCCAAACGCACAUCAAUAUUCAGCUAAGCCAGUUGUAAAAUUGUCUGAUUAGCGUCUAACAUAAUUUAGUAGUCAAAUGUUAGUGAAAGAAAAUAAUUAUAGACUAUAUAUAUGUAUAUAUAUAGAAUGAGUAUAUUGUUCAUAAAGUUUAUUGUUUCUUUGACGAUGAUGCAAAUUGUUAAAAUAGUAGAGCUGCUUUUUAUUUUGUAUUGCUAUAAUACAUACAUUUUUGCAUUUUACAAAUUUGCAAAAAAAUUACAAAGAAAAAUUGUAUUUAAGACAAUUAACUGAAACACCACAUAGCAAUAAUGUGAACGGUAUUAAACGUAGUUUACGAAUAUAGAUAUUGUGAAAUUAUAUGCUUAAAAUUAUAUUAUUAACUCAUUGACUUUCAUAAUGAUUAGUAGACCAAUUGCACAAUAUUUCCAAUUGUUAGGCAACAAAAGACGUGUAAAAAUGCAUUAUAUUUUUUAAUUUAAUAUUAAAACUACUGUAAUAUAGUUUAAAA